AUGUCUCAGCAAAACGAGUUAAUUUGUUACGUUGGUGUCUCAUUUGGUAUUGAAAAACAGUUUUCAUCAAUUUGCCGCUUUGAAGACAUUCGUUCGUGUUACCGACAUAUAUUGUCUUCUGAACACGCUAAAAUUCAACUAGGUUUACCAGCGGAUACUGUUACGAUCGAGAUCGUUAAUGAGUUAAUCAGUCUACAACACAUUUCAAUGAUAUUCAUGUAUAUUUUGAAUACGAAAAAUGACCAUUUAUGGCGUCAGUCUCAAGAUCUUUGUCAUCUGUCAGAUAAAGUUGGUAAACCGUUCGGGCAUGAAACAUUGAAAGCGUUUCUCCUUACGCUUAAUGCCACGAAUAUUAUUAAGCAAUCAAGUACACAACUACUCGAUAAACAUGUACUGUCACGAUGUUUAAUUAUAUUAGAAGAAGAUAUUAGAAGAAAAAUACAGCAACUACCGCACAACGAAACCAAGUGUCCAGAAUGUGCUGAACUAACAUCUAACGAUAAAGAUCAUAUCAAUAAAGUUCAUGAAACAACUCAUGAAUGCGAGUAUUGCAGUGCAAUCUUCUUAACAGUGUAUGCAUUGGAUGAACAUCAAAAACAUUCCUGUACAAAAAUAACUCAAUUAUGUCCAUUAGCAAAAUAUCGUUGUUCACAAGAAAGGAUUCUGUCAAUUGAAAUUGAAGCACAUUAUCUAAGCGACAUACAUCAGAAAAGUUUACUUUUGUUUCUUCAUCAUCUUGUUCAGUUACUACAGACACGUUUGAAAGGAUAUAACCAUACCACUACAAUAGCCCCAUCUGAUUUUGUCGUUUUAUCAUCAUUGUCAACCGCCGAUUCAUUCGCAGUAGCAGCUGUGAAAGAUUGUUAUUUCCAGUUACAGAAAUAUUACGAAACGCUAACAACAUUAACAGGUGGUAUACAAACACUAAGUGAUGACUCUCUUCGUUUGAGUAUGGAAUCAUUACGUCAUCAACAACUAUCGCAAUCGGUUCAAAAUAAUAUAAAUCAAAUAAAACAAGCAAUAGCUGAAAGAAAUUCGUAUAUAGCUGGCAUUACACCAAAUCAAGAAAUUUUACAACACGUGGUGACAAGUAUGAAGAAGAAAAUAGAAGAUUUACAAUCGAUAUCCUACGACGGCAUACUCACGUGGAAAAUAACCGAUGUUUCAGAGAAAAUAGCUGAUGCACAAUCAGAACGACAAACGUCAAUUUAUUCUCCUCCAUUCUACUCAUCACCAACCGGUUAUAAAAUGCGCAUUCGUGUUUAUUUACAAGGUGAUGGUAAUGCACGUGGAACGCAUAUAUCAGUGUUUUUUGUUAUAAUGCGUGGUGAAUACGAUGCUAUUCUUAAAUGGCCAUUUAAUUUUAAAGUAACCUUUUGUCUCUUUGAUCAGUCAGGUCAACAGAAACACAUUAUUGACUCGUUUCGGCCCAAUAUAAACUCAAACAGUUUCCAGCGUCCUCGGAAUGAAAUGAAUAUCGCUUCUGGUAUUCCAAAAUUUUUUCCAAUAUUGCAAGAUGGUAGCAAUUAUAUUCAACAUGAUAUUAUGUACAUUAAAUGUUUCAUUGAUUUCGGUAAUAUAUCGAAAAUAAUUCUUCCCUACGCUCUCAGUUUAGAUCCUGCAUUGCCUCACCAUGUUCAGCGAAAUAUGAUACAAACAGAGACUGAACGACAAAUUCAACUCCAGCAGUCUCAGACGCUCACCACUACUGCUACAACAAUGAAUAGCACCAAUAACAAUGAUUCGCAGCUUUUGACUUGUCAUCCGAACAACAGUGCAACUAUCAUACAAGAUGACAGAAAUUUUCGAUAUUUACCAUUAGAUCCGAAACAACGUCUGAUGACGAGUUCAAAUCAGACCUCAACAUUACCUAUUGAAUCGUCGCCUGUACAACAAUACCAGCAGCAAAAUCAAACAGCCAAAGAACAAUCACCACCUUCGAAGAAAAAAAACAAGAGUGAACUGAUUCGAAUAAUACCGAUGAAAUGA